AUGGAGUCCGCGGGGCGCGCGCAGACGGCGCGGGACCGCAUCCCCAGGAUCGAUCCGUACGGGUUUGAAAGGCCUGAGGACUUUGAUUAUGCAGCUUAUGAAGAAUUUUUUUCCACCUAUCUGGCGAUACUCACCAGAAGAGCCAUAAAAUGGUCCAGACUUCUAAAGGGAGGCGGUGGUGUCCAGAAGAGUAUGACACUGAAGCGCUACAUCCGGAAGGGCGUCCCGCUGGAGCACCGGGCCCGCGUCUGGAUGGGGGUGAGCGGAGCCCAGGCCCAGAUGGACCGGAACCCCGGCUACUACCGCCGUCUCCUCCAGGGAGAGAAGGAUGGCAGCCUGGAGGAGGCCAUCAGGACAGACAUGAACAGGACCUUCCCUGACAACGUGUGGUUCCGGAAGGGCUCGGACCCCUGCUUGCAGAGGACCCUGUACAACGUGCUGCUGGCCUACGGGCACCACAACCGUGGCGUGGGCUACUGCCAGGGAAUGAACUUUCUCGCGGGGCAUCUGAUUCUGGUGACGAGGAGUGAAGAGGACUCCUUCUGGCUGUUGGACGCCCUUGUUGGCAGGAUACUCCCGGCUGAUUACUACAGCCCCUCGAUGCUAGGCCUGAAGACGGACCAGGAGGUCCUUGGGGAGCUGGUGAGGACCAAGCUGCCGGCGGUGGGGGCCCUGAUGGACAGUCACGGCCUGCUGUGGACCCUGGUCGUGUCACGCUGGUUCAUCUGCCUGUUUGUGGACGUCCUGCCCGUGGAGACCGUGCUUCGCAUCUGGGAUUGUCUGUUCAACGAGGGCUCCAAGAUCAUCUUCCGGGUGGCGCUGACUCUCAUCAAGCAACAUCAGGCCUUGAUCUUGGAAGCCACCAGCGUCCCUGACAUCUGUGAGAAGUUCAAGGAGAUCACCAGAGGGAGCUUCGUGACCGAAUGCCACACCUUCAUGCGGAAAAUCUUCUCGGAGUCUGGGAGCCUGUCCAGGGCCAGCAUCGCCAGGCUGAGGGAGCGUUGCCGGGCCCGGCUGCUGGCGCAGGGCUGA